UAUACGAAAAAUACUCCUAACCCGAGAAAAAUGGGCACACGCAUAGUUGCAACAGUAUUAUGCGCGGUGGUUUCCUUGGAACCUCAUGAACAGAACGCAUCGAAAUUCACACUUCACACGCAGAGAGGGUAGAAACGCCAUGGGAAAAUUCAUUCCAUAAAGAGAUCUAGAGGAAAAUAAGAAGAAGACGAAGACGACGAAGCAGAAGAAUCAGAAUAGAGUAGUUAUUCAUUCCCCUUUGAUUUUCUUCAUGUCGAUUCCAGUCCAAGGUCAAGUUAUUGAGGUUACUGUUGUUGGCUGUAAUCAGUUGAAAAACACGGAAUGGAUUUCAAAGCAAGAUCCCUACGUUUGUCUCGAAUACGGCCAUACUAAGUACCGUACGAGAACUUGUCAAGAUGGAGGAAAAAACCCUAAUUUUCAAGAGAGAUUCGUGUUUACUUUGAGAGAGGGAAUGGUGGAGUGCGUUGUUGAAGUCUGGAACAGCAAUAGGCUUUCAGUCGACGAUUUCAUUGGCGGAGGAAGGAUUCAACUUAUGAAAGCUCCAUCUCAAGGUGUUGACGAUGGUUUGUGGCCCCUUAUGGACAAAAAAGGCAGGCCUGCUGGAGAAGUUCGAAUAAUGAUGCGCAAUGUUACUGGCAAUAACGCUGCAGGGGUUGGAGGUGUAGGCAUGCAUGGUCCAUCUGCUCCAGCAUUUACGGGUGCACCACCGCUCUACUCACCACCUCCGCCAUUUUCUCAAUGGGGCCCAUCCGCAGGCGCUCCGCCGGGCUACCAUCCGCCGUCUGUUAAUAGUUACCAGUCCUUCCCUUCAAAUCCUCCGGCAUAUCCUAAUAAUUCGCCUGGAUAUCCUCCUUAUGCUGGCGGGUUUGCCCCCCCGCCGGGACCGUAUCCGCCGCAAAACGCAUACCAUUAUCCUCCUGGUUCAUCAUAUCCUCCUCAUCCCUAUUAAGAUUUAAGACACGCUUGGUUGAUGAUACCCUCCGUCGGUGGAGAAAAAGCACUCAACUGAACUGAACGUUCUCUGCAACCCAUGCUUGCUAGUUGUACUUCUUCAAUUCUUUGUUGUACGUUUCUGUAGCGUCUGAUGAUCUUUUUUCAAUCAUCAUUUCUUUCUACUGCCGAAACUGUUUGUAGAAUUAGGGAAAAGGAUAAAUGAUUUUUAUUUUUUUCAUUAGUUGGUCCGUUCCGGUGAUUGUAUAUUGAAUAUAUAAGAUAAUAGAUUUUGGAACAACUCA